AAAGCUGAAAGCGGCAGCAAUCCGCUGCGAACAUGUUGUCAUUCCGAGUUUUACCUGAUUAAUUAGAUAAGCACUGACUGACCAAGCGGAAGAUUUUGAUCAAAUCAGAAACAAUUUCCAUUGCAAAUUCCUUUUCCUUAAUGGCUUAAGACGGGACAUCGGAGGUAGAGAGACCGCCAACCGCCUCUCUUUCCAUUGGCUUUCCGUCUAUUGUCUGGCCAAUUCUCCGAUCAGAUGGAUAGUGAAACUGGUAAUCAACACAAGCAAGAACGAUCAAGAACAAGAUGGACAGCAUCCCUUGAUAAGAUAUUUGCAGACUUGGUGGUGAAACAUAUUCAACUUGGAAAUAGACCAAACAAUGUUUUUGAUAAGAAAACUUGGAAUCACAUACGUGAUGAGUUCAAUAAGCAGACAGAUCUAAAUUUCAAUAAUAAUCAAUUGAGAAAACACCUAGACGUACUGCGGACCCGCUUCUAUAAUUUAAAGUCGGCUAUUGUUCAAAAUGACUUUGCAAUGGAGGAUUCUUGCUGCAUUGGAUUUGAUCUGUGUGAUGACGUUGGGUCACAAUCAAGGCCUGAGGCAAUUAAAGUCAAGGACUGUCCCAUAUAUGAGCAGUUAUGCACAAUAUUCACAGAUACAUCAGCUGAUGGGAAGUAUGCCCAAUCAAGUCACUUUGAAGGGUUGGGAAAAUCUUUUAGAAAUGAUGUUACGGGCUUAAGUUCAAAUCCAGUUGGUGGAUCCUCUCAUCCUGAAAAUCCAUCUUCAUCAAGGCCAGUGCAAGGGAACUCUUUAACAGCAGAUAGGAUAGUUAGGAAUAUAUCAGAGAGGAAAAGGAAACGGGCUUGUGAGACACAGCCUUCUUCAGAGCAGAAUAAGAAGGAUCAAGAAAUAAAUGAAGCUAUGGCAGAAGCCUUGUUGGAGAUGGUGGCUGCUUCAAGGUGGAGAAAGGCUGCAGCUGCACCAUUGCAAAACCAUAAAAAAUUUACCAUAACUAAUUGUAUUAAAGUUCUGGAUGAGAUAGGAGACAUUGAUCAACAGCUGUACUUUGCCGCUUUGGACCUGUUUGAGGAGCCUAACUUGCGGGAGACCUUUCUCUCUUUGAAAAGUGAUCAGAUAAGGUUGGCUUGGUUGCAAGGGAAGUAUGGUUAAUCCACCAUUAUCUUGCAGGUUAAGGGCAGUUUUUGGCCUUCUAAACCCCGGAGGUGUAAACAUCAUCUUUAGUUACUUCAACUGAGUUUUAGCAAACAUGGUCUUUUACAUCUGGGUUUUAUGAUUCAUCAGGUUUCGCAACACCAGAAACUAGGUGUGUUUAGGCAAUAAAAGUUGUUUAUUGUGAAAGUGAUUCCAAUCCUGAUAACAUCAAAAGAUGAGACGCUGCAUAUUCUGUGGCUCUUUUCCGAGA